AUGCUCAGAGACACCAUGAAGUCCUGGAGUGACAGCCAGUCAGACCUCUACAGCAGCGACCAAGAGGAGGAGGAACAGAUGAUUUUUGGAGAAAAUGAAGAUGAUUUGGAAGAGAUGAUGGAUUUAAGUGACUUGCCUACCUCACUUUUUGCUUGCAGUGUUCAUGAAGCUGUGUUUGAGGUGCAGGAAGAGAAGGAAAGAUUUGAAGCACUUUUCACAGUCUAUGAUAAUCAAGUGACAUUCCAGUUGUUUAAAAGCUUUAGAAGAGUGAGGAUCAACUUCAGCAACCCAGAGGCAGCAGCAAGAGCACGGAUAGAACUGCACGAAACGGACUUCAGUGGGAAAAAGCUGAAGCUGUACUUUGCACAGGCACAGGUAUCCAGUGAAAUAGGUGACAAAUCCUACCUCCUUCCUCCACAACCUGUUAAACAGUUCCUGAUAUCACCACCUGCCUCUCCACCAGUUGGGUGGAAACAGAGUGAAGAUGCAACUCCCCUGAUCAACUAUGACUUGCUGUGUGCUGUCUCCAAGCUGGGGCCAGGGGAGAAGUAUGAGCUUCAUGCAGGAACAGAAUCCACUCCCAGCGUAGUCGUCCACGUCUGUGAGAGUGAAACAGAGGAGGAGGAGGAGAUAAAGAACCCCAAGCAGAAGAUCAUGCAGACGAGGCGCCCGGAGCCACCCGCCAGCAUGCUGAGUGACCCCAAGGGGUUUGAUUGUACACUGGAGGUAGGGGGUGCCAUGCACUGCUAA